GAGGGGGAGAGGGAGAGAGAGAGAGAGAGAGACACACACACACACACACACACAGAUCGCCUUUUCACCACUGAGCAGAGGGGGGCUUUGCCCUUUUAGAGACUGGGAAAAAAAAAAAAAAACUUCAUCCAGGAACCUUUUCCUACAGGAUGAAAUAGGAAGCAGAAGAUAGUUUUCCUUGAAUGGAGAGCAGAGUGUCCUUGGUUUCCAACAUGCAAGAGACUUCACAUUUGUCAUUGGAGAAAUGUAACAGUCCAGCCAAUGGUAACAAUGAGUAUGAUUCAGAUGAAGGUUCAAGCAUGGAAGACCCUGACUUUAAUUGGGGUGAAUAUUUGGAAGAAACAGGCGCAGUUGCUGCCCCUCAUACAUCUUUCAAACAUGUUGAAAUCAGCCUUCAGAGCAGCUUCCAGCCUGGGAUGAAGUUAGAAGUAGCUAACAAGAACAAUCCAGACACGUAUUGGGUGGCGACCAUCAUAACCACAUGUGGACAGCUCCUGCUGCUGCGUUACUGUGGCUAUGGAGAGGAUCGAAAGGCCGAUUUCUGGUGUGAUGUGAUGACAGCUGAGCUUCAUCCAGUGGGAUGGUGUACUCAGAACAACAAGGUGUUGAUGCCGCCAGAUGCCAUCAAAGAGAAGUAUACAGACUGGACAGAUUUUCUUAUACAUGAUUUGACUGGCUCUCGGACAGCACCAGCCAAUUUACUGGAAGGUCCUCUGCGAGGGAAAAACCCUGUAGACCUCAUUACAGUUGAUUCCUUAAUAGAACUUCAGGAUUCUCAGAACCCCUUUCAGUACUGGAUAGUUAGUGUGAUUGAAAAUGUUGGAGGAAGAUUACGCCUUCGCUAUGUGGGAUUGGAGGAGACUGAAUCCUAUGACCAGUGGUUGUUUUACUUGGAUUACAGACUUCGACCAGUCGGUUGGUGUCAAGAGAAUAAAUACAGAAUGGACCCACCUUCAGAAAUCUAUUCUUUGAAGACAACAUCUGAAUGGAAAUGUGCUCUGGAAAAAUCUCUUAAUGAUGCUGCAAAAUUUCCUCUUCCAAUGGAAGUGUUCAAGGAUCAUGCGGAUUUACGAAGCCAUUUCUUCACAGUUGGUAUGAAACUGGAGGCAGUGGAUAUGAGCGAGCCUUUUAAUAUCUGUCCUGCAUCAGUGACUAAGGUUUUUAACAAUCAUUAUUUGCAAGUGACUAUUGAUGACUUGAGACCAGAAGCUAAAAAAAUCUCAAUGCUGUGCCAUGCAGAUUCCUUAGGGAUUUUACCUGUACAGUGGUGCCUUAAAAAUGGAGUCAACCUCACACCACCCAAGGGUUAUGCUGGCCAGGACUUUGACUGGGCAGAUUAUCAGAAACAGCAUGGUGCUGAGGCUGCGCCUCAUUUCUGUUUCAGAAAUACAUCAUUCAGCCGUGGUUUUACAAAGAACAUGAAGCUUGAGGUUGUAAACCCCAGAAACCCUGGGGAGCUCUGCGUGGCCUCUGUCGUCAGUGUGAAGGGAAAGCUCAUGUGGCUUCACCUGGAAGGCUUGCAGUCUCCUGUUCCAGAGUACAUUGUUGAUGUAGAGUCUAUGGAUAUCUUCCCAGUUGGUUGGUGUGAAGCAAAUGCUUAUCCCUUAACUCCGCCACAUAAAGCAGUUUUACAAAAGAAGAGAAAGAUUGCAGUCGUACAACCAGAAAAACAAUUGCCAUCCACAGUGCCUGUUGAGAAAAUACCUCAUGACCUUUUUUCAUUUCCUCAGCCAGAUACAACAGGUACUGUCAAUGGGAAAUACUGCUGCCCUCAGCUUUUCAUCAACCACCGGUGUUUCUCAGGCCCCUACCUGAACAAAGGAAGAAUUGCAGAGCUACCUCAAUCGGUUGGACCUGGCAAAUGUGUGCUGGUUCUUAAAGAGGUUCUUAGCAUGGUAAUUAAUGCAGCUUACAAGCCAGGAAGGGUAUUGAGAGAACUGCAACUUGUGGAAGACCCACAAUGGAAUUUCCAGGAGGAGACCCUGAAAGCAAAGUACAGAGGUAAAACAUAUAGGGCAGUUGUCAAGAUUGUACGAACAUCUGACCAAGUAGCAGAUUUCUGCAAGAGAGUUUGUGCCAAGCUGGAAUGUUGUCCAAAUUUGUUUAGUCCUGUUUUGGUUACUGAAAUCUGCCCAGAAAACUGCUCCAUCCACACCAAAACUAAAUACACUUAUUAUUAUGGAAAGAGAAGGAAGAUUAUCAAACCCCCAAUUGGAGAAAACAGUACUGAAAUUGGGCCCCCUAAGCCAACCAGACGGAGGAAACGGCGGAAAUCCAUUUUUGUACAGAAGAAAAGGAGAUCCUCCACAGUAGACUUUACCACUGGAUCAGCAGAGGAAAGCGAGGAAGAGGACGCAGAUGCUAUGGAAGAAGACACAGGGAGUGAGGAGACCAGCUCGGAGCUUCGGGAUGACCAGACUGACACUUCCUCAGCUGAUGUCCCCUCGGCCCGGCCCCGGAGAGCCGUCACAUUGCGGAGCAGCACAGAAUUAGAUCGGCCCCCUCCUGUGGAAAGAACCAGGAGGAGCCGGAAAGCACAGACAUUCUCCUGUGCUGAAGGAGAUAAAUGCCCCCAAGCCAAACCGGACAGAGCAGAGGAAGUAAAACAUGAAGAGGAGGAGAAGCUUGUCCUCGAGAGUAACCCAUUAGAAUGGACAGUGACAGAUGUGGUGAGGUUUAUUAAACUGACAGAUUGUGCUCCCUUGGCCAAAAUAUUUCAAGAACAGGAUAUUGAUGGCCAAGCGCUUCUAUUAUUGACGCUUCCUACAGUGCAGGAGUGCAUGGAGCUGAAACUGGGGCCUGCCAUCAAGCUUUGCCACCAGAUCGAAAGAGUUAAAGUUGCAUUCUAUGCACAGUAUGCCAAUUAACUCAUCUCUUCUCAUCUUGGAAGACUCUUGCAUAGGAGAUGGACCAUUUGGGGACAGGUUUUCUUCUGCCUGCAGACAUGUAAAAUUGAAGCACUGAGGAAAAUCGGAGUGUGAAAAAGACCCAGAUUUCUCAACUGAUCUGACCCUCUCCCCUGCAUUUAUUUAAUGUCUCUGAUUUUAAAGCACACUGAAAUACCACAACAGCUGCUUUCUGAGAGCGUAACUUGCUGUUUUUCUAUUACAGCAUCCCAUGAUAUUACAAAAGCUGAGGCAAUUUUGCUGCCCUUUUUUCCCACUAAACCCACAGCACCUUUGAUUGAGAUUUCUUAUACCUUUCAAGAGAAGGGAUAGGAGUCAGUGGUGUGUUUGUUCUACAGUUGUGUGGGAUACCUACCAGGUAAUUUAAAAAAAAAAAAAUAGAGCUACAUGUAAGCCUCAAGCAAAUUUGCCCACACUUCUUUCAUAUUGAAAUGUGUAUUGAUCACAUUUUCAAGUGACUUUUCCCACUGCAAUUUGAUCCUAGUGAUCAACACAUUUCUGUCACAUUUAUGACAUGUCGCGUUAAAUAUGUAUUAAAAGCAGGAUGUAAUUAUGGAAAAGACCAACUAAUCCUCUAGUUUUGUCAGUGCUCUUAGGAAAAGUGUGAGUUUAAGAAUGGAGAACAGGAAACCUAGAAAAAGUUUGCAGAGACAAGAUUUGAUGAAAUAAAGCUUUGGCCCUUUAAUCUGUCUGUAACCAGAUCAGGAAGGGGAUUCUUACAGUUCUCCUACAGGACAACAUAUUGAAACGACUUACUUAAGCAUCACAAAAUAAGGAAAUGGAACAUUUUAGAUGAGAAGUGGAGACUUUUGUCAUAGGCAACCAGAAAUUCCUUGGGGGGGGGAGUUCCACAGUGUUACCUAUCAGAUUGGUCUGGCUUUGUUGUGGUUAAGGAGCCCAGAUUUCACAAAUCACUUCAACCCUGGGAGAUGUAACGGUGAUUCCUGUAAGCUGAAAGCCCUCUGCUCUCUACUCACUUUGCAAUCCGUACAAAACUGCAGCCACACAUCUACAUCCCCAACCUGACCAACUUGGAACAUUUUGCAGAUAUUAAGGAAUUAGACCACCUAUGUAAAGACCCUCUGUGUGGCUCCAGGGUAAGAAUAUUCUCAGACCGAAAGAAUCAUCCAUGAGACCCAAUCAGUAAUUUAAGCAUUCAUCAAAACAUGGAAGUUUCUUAAAGAGUUAUUUUCAUCUGCUGUGAUUUUUUAAGUCCAUUGAUUUAAAAAAAAAAUCUGAUAUUAGUGACAAGUCCUAAAUUAUUCAAAAGCUCAGUUCUACCAUGAUGGCUUCAUAUCCUCAGUUAAUGCUUUAUCUAAAAUAACCAUUUUGAUCAUUUCCCGCCCAAAAUUUGAUCUCAACCUGGGCUCACUCCUGUAUCCAUUAUGUGAAUAUUUCAUUGGUUAACCUUUCUCUGGCAAGUCAAAGUAGAAAUGCUGACCUUUAUUCAGUAUUUUGAGAAUGGCACAGACAAAAGUGAGAAGUUACAUGGAUAUCUUCUGCUACCGAAAUGUUUGUCUCAGCCUAAAGCUAGUACAAACCUUUAACAAAUGGACUUUUGUGUAGAGAACCCUGAUGGAGCAUCACAUACGACAAUGGCUUGUUGACAUCAUUAUAAUGCUAGCAGAAUGGCUUGUGAUUCCUUGGUAGUAGAGUUUUUCUGGAUUCUUCAAGCUAGUUUGUUCUCUCUUUGGGUCUCCUAGCCCCGCGUCCUCAGCUUCCUUGGCUUGAAAUACUGUAUCAUGAAGUUAACCUUGCAGAGAGAUUUCGAGAAUUCUGGCCUUUUCUCUGGGCAGAUUUUUUUUAAUGAUCUUUUCUCUGUGGCCUUUUCAAACCAUGUCAUUUCUGUUUCAUUUAAACUGAUAUAAAGAAAUGAGCCAACUGCACUAUAAAAUUUUACUUUUAGAAUUGAUAUCAAUUUUUCCUGUCCUUUUUAGGAAGUGAAAAAAGAUUGGAGAGGGAAGGGGAAGACAUCACUGUGAUCAACAGGUGUGUUAAUGAAGCUCAUAAAUCAAAGCUGGUCUGGUCUCUAUUUGGAUGCUCAGAGGCCUUGGUUUAGAAUCAUGGAACUACAUGCUAGUGGUUUUUCUUAUCUUUAUGAUUAUAUUUUCUUUUUAUUCUCUCUGCUGGACAACAAGAGAAGAAUGGAGUGCUUCUUUAGUUGAUUCAUCAUUUAUGUGCAUGUAAGAAGAGGCAAAGAUAUAGUCUUUGGGAAAAACCAACUUAUUUUAGGACCACAGUGUUCAAAUCAAGAGAAAUUUUUGAAGCUUUCUUCCCUUUACUUUGUGAUGCUACUGUAUAGCCCUGCCCCACAUCUCAGUGAAGUUGCUAACAUUUCCCAGAACUUUUGAUUCUUCAAUUCCCUGUGUUCAUUCUAAUUUCCCCAAAUUGUAACACAGCUACCAUGACUUUCUCUCCCCACUAAACAAACAUAUAUACAGAUACAUCUUUAGAUAUGGUUCUUCCUUAUUUCUGUUACAUUGACAAAAGUUUCUGAAGAGCAGUUAAAUUUUUCCUCUCUCCCACUGCUCAUUAAAACAGAAAAACUUUUGAAUCCAUCAUCAUCAUCAUUCUGGCCCUCUACAAGUUAUAUCAUCUCAUUAUACCCAUCAAGCUAAAAGUACCAUCUUUUUUCAUUCAUUUGCUCUCCAAAUAGUGCUUUCUCUUACUUUUGAGACCAGAUUUCUCUAAAUAUUCUGGUCCUCUAUACAUUGCAGAACUUAUCUUUAAAAUCUGACUUAAUUCCCUUUUUGAUCCAUCAGAGACAGUUUUUGCAAUUGUACAAUUUGGCCAAUCUCCCCAUCCCCUUCCCCCAAAAGUCAUAGACUGUGGAGUAUACUCCAUUAAGAGGAUUCAAUUUUCCUUCCCUUCCUCUCCCCAAUCCAUACGUACACAGACACACACACAUAUACAUACAUGUAUAUGUGGUAUAUAUGAUAUACAUGUUUCCUUAAAAUGAAUGUUGAUGAUAGUUGUACAAAGGAAAAAUUAAAGGAAAUGUAAUUUUUAAAACAGAGUGGGAAUAUCAUCAUGAUAAGAGAUUAUGCAAAAGGGAAUUCACUAAUAUUUUUACAGAAUAAGCUCUGAUAGCAUAUUUAAAACAUGAUGUGUUAGCAAAACUUAAUAUAAAAAAUAAAGUUUAAAAUUUCCUGCUUUUUCAUUGCCCCCUUUCUCCUCCCCACUCCAACUAUACUAGAACAUUUUAAUUCUCAGUAUUCCUCAGUAAGUUAUAAUGAUCCAAGGCUGUGGAUCUUAGCUUUCAGAAAUGAAUCAUUUUCUGCCCAUCAAGGAUUGAGUAGAAUUUCCCAAUCUUCCUCCUCUUAGAGCUGUGAGGGUUAAGUCAGGCAGAACUCUUGAGUCUUUCCUUUGUAUCUUGUAGCAAACACCCCAUUCUAACAUGUUUCUCCUUAAUCUGGAAUGUUUUGGAAGCACUAGGGACUUUCUUACUUUAAAAACAAAACAGUUUUUAUUUGAGUCUGUAUAAUUGAAAAUGAAAAAGUGUUAAAAACCACUUUGUUGUGAUUUGCAUCAUCACAGUCACUUUUUGACAGAGAUCAUGAGACUCAUUUUUUUUUUUUCAUUUUUAGAAAAUUCUGAGAGGGCAUGGAUAUUUGAAGUGACAUUCUAAAGUAAGACAUCUAUAGUUUAUAAAGAAAAAUCCUUUGGAAAAAGAUAUUCUCAUUUUCUCUUUGGUGCAAUAAUAAUUCAGAAGCAAAUGAAGAUUAUAGAAAAGUCGCAGCAGUGAUAAUGUAACAUGUUCUUUUACUAUGUGCAAUUUUUCUUAUAGGAAAACAUGCUCACAAUUAAUCUCUGUCACUCUCUUUAAAUUAAAUAACAUUUAUUGUGGUUAAAUUCUGCAGGCCAUGUAUUUUUCUACUUUCAGCCAUCAGAGUGUCAUAGUACACCGUGUGCCCACUAAAUAUUUUGGUUUGAAUCCUAAUUCGUCUGGUUUGAACCACUUAUUUUACCCAAACAUCUUUCUAACACACUAAAAAUGCCAACACAUGAUGCUACUUUCAGUUCUGGCCAAGUUUUCUCACAUUUGUUUCUUUAUUUUAAAUAAUACUUAGUAUGAUUUCCCAAGUUAUCUCCAUUUAAUUUUUCCUAAACUAUCAGUAAAAAUGGUUAAGGUCAGAUAACAAUGAGAAUUGUAAGCCGCGCCAAACCUUAACCAGGAAUUAUAACGGUCCCAUGUGGGUGGAAAAGAUGUAUUAAACAAAAUAAACUUGUAGAAUGACAAUCUUUUGCUAAAAAAAAUAAUUUGUAUGCUGGGAAAUUGAGACAAAUGAAAAAUGACAGAAAAAUAUUCUCUCAUUUAUUGUCCAAAAAUGGGAAAUAGCAUGAUGUUUAGAAGCAUAAACUCUUUCUAGUGGCGAAUGUUGAAAGCCCUUUUGCUGUUUUGCAUUCCAGUUUGAAUAGUUUGUAUUGAAAUUUGAUUCAUAUGUUGUGUACUUUUUGGUGUGUAAAAGAGAAAAUUGAUGGUGUUUUUACUUUUGAAAUUUGCAGGACAAAGGGCAUGUUGUUAGUUUGCUGUAAGAUUGUAUUCUGUAUAUAUGUUUUCAUGUAAAUAAAUGAAAAUCUAUAUUCAGAGUUAUAUUUUAAUUUUUAUUCUAAAGGAAAAAAUUCCCUUUUUACUUGAAAAUAUUGUAAGCCACAUUGUUAAUAAAGUAAUAAUGAAUACCAUA